AUGCCAUUAUAUCUCUGUCAUUUCUCUUCUUUUCCAAUUCAUUUUUCUCUUCUUUUCCCAAUUCAUUUUUCUCAUCUUUUUCCAGUUUAUUUUUCUCUUCCUUUCCCAAUCUGUUUCUAUUCAUUUACUGCCUCUGUUCUUUUGCCUUCUUCAUCUUUUCCAUUCAUUUUCUUUUCUUUCGUACGCCAUUUCAGUUUUUUUUUAAGUUUCUGUUCUUCUUUAUUUAUUUAUUCAUGUUUUUAUUUUAUUUGUUCUUCUUCAUCUCAUUCACCUUUUUUGUCAUUCCUCUUUUUCAUUUCUCAUUCUUUCUUUUUUUUAUUCUUUAUCAUUUUUUUCUUAUUCUUUUCUUUUUACUUUCUCAUUCCUUUCUGUAAUUUUUCUUAUUCUUCUUUUUCUCAUGCUUCCUUUUUUGUCAUUUUUCUUAUUCAUAUCUUUUCAUUCUUUCUUUUCUUUUUUUCUUAUUCUCCAUCAUUUGUCUCUUUAAUUUUUCUCAUUCUCCUUUUUUCAUUUUUUCUUUUCUCAUUCUUCUUUUCAACUUUUCUCAUUUUUUCUUUUCUCUUUUUCUUGUUUAUCAUUUUUUCUUUUUAUUUACUCAUUUCUCUUUAUAAUUUUUUUCUCAUUCUUCUCUUUCAUCUCUUCACAUUCUUUCUUCUCUUUUUCUUCUAUUUUAUCCUUUUUUCUUUUUAUUUUCUCAUUCCUCUUCUUUUGUCAUUUUUCAUUUCUUUCUUCUUCAUCACUUCUCAUUUUUCCUUUCCCUAUCUUGUUUUUCCUUCUUUUUUUUACUUAUUCUUCUUUUUUAUAUCAUAUGAUUUCCCCACCCCUGUCAUCAUUCUAAUCAUCACUCUUCUCUUUAUGUAUUCUUUAAUUUCUUCCGUUUCUCGUUUAUAUGUUAUUUCUCGCUUUCAAUUUCCUUCUCUCUCCUCUCUUUUUAAAUUUCUUUCUUACCCAGUCUCUUCUUCUCCCUCUUAUAUUAGUUUUCAGUACCCACUUGCUUCCUUUAUUUUUUUACCAUUUUCCUUCCUUUUUCUCUCUUCUUGA